AUGGCCUGCACGACAUCGCACCGUCUUGACGGCGUCACGCUCUCGUUUUCUCUCUGUGUCCAGCUCCUGGAGCAAGGUAGCACACUCGUGCUCUUUGCCCUGCUGAUCCUGCAGCGCAAGACCGGGCCACCCAGACAGCCAAGGCAUGAGUUCUUCGGCUACGACGAUGAGCAGUCACGUUUAAACACUUUGUUGCUUCCUCACACUCAGCUGCUUCUUGAGGUUGGCUUCCUUGGCUUGCAGAUCAUCGAGCUCUGCCUCAACAGCCCUGUCAAGGAUCGCCGCAUGAGGACAAAGCCGGAUUCAGAGAGUGAGAUGGCCGCCUCAAGCUCCUGCAAAGUGAUGCUCACAUCGGGCUUUGUUGCAGCCAAACUAGACGCCGAAUGCCGUUGCUCCUUAACGCGUUGUCGAUGGAACUCGAUUGUUCGCACCACCGAUGCUGUUUCGCGGAAUUUCUCUAAGCGCUGCUUGCUGGCAUCGACGCUAUCCUUGCACUGCGCAAUUUUGUACGGAAAUCAACAAGAGAAUGAGUGA